UCCGCUCCUUAGGGGGGCGGCAGCUUCAAAAAGGUUGAGAAUCACUGAUCUAGAUCAAUCUUUCUACUUGAGUUUUCCAGAUGGGUCUGAGAAUUGUGUAAGUUUUAGUCUAAGAUACCUGGAGAACCCAGCUUGGGUAGGCCUGGCCUAAAUCCUUUGUCCUUCCAAGAACAGCGUCAAGAUCUUUUUUCUGCUUUACCUAAACUCUGCACUUUUCCAGCUGGGCACUUUCCAGCUGGGCACCAUAGUUACAGUGUUAUGUCUGAAGGUUCCCCUUGCUACUCUCCUGAAGCACAAGGUGGUGUUUCCCCUCAGGAAGUGUACCAGCCUGACCAACAGACACUGCAACACAGAGAGCAACUGCGUCAGAUCUUCCAGAGACAACAAGAAAAAGGAGGCAUCAUUGACCUUGAGCUGGAGAGAAAUCGCUAUUUUGUUAGCCUACAGAAGCCCUCUGAUGUCAGGGAAUAUGACCAUACAGCCGUCUCAGAAAAUGACCUGGAAAUUAAGAAUGAGCUGAAGUCACCAGCAGGCUCAGAACAUACUCAAAGAAGUACAACACUCAUGAACAAUGAGCUAAAAAAUAUACAUAAAUCAUCUGUUACUUUGCAUCACCAUAACAAGAGAGAGAGAAGUCGGGGGGAGAAGCCAUCUUUACAAAAUCCUAGCUGGCAACGACAUUGCAAGGCAUUGGAGAUGGCAACAGAAAUGUAUGUUGAGGGAGAAUCUAAAGCCUUCAGUAGGAGACCUAACUGGAAGAAGGAAAGAGAGCGCUGGAGCUAUGGGAGAUAUAAUCAAGAUAUUUCAAAAUCUUAUAGCCAAAGCCAGGAGUCUUCAUUCAUGGAUAAAAAAGAUUUGUGCACCAAAGGUGUCCUGUCAGCCAAAGAAGAGAAAAACAACAUGGGGAAGUGGAUACCAGUGCAGAAAACUGAAGCCUCAAACAGAGAGAAAGUGGACAUUUGCCAUAGUGAGCUCAGAGGACAGAACAAAUGGCAAGAUCAGCAUGGGAUUCAGGACUGUGAGAGAUGGGAAAAGACCAAAGGGAGAGAAUAUGUAACUCAUCCCAAAAUGUCAGGAGGUCGGGGGCAGUCCAAAGCCAUGGAAAGAACUGCAGGGCCAAGAGACUGAGACUCCUAGCUGGUGGCAGUCAAGGCAAGGACACAGAUAACUUUGUCAUGUUGCCUUUCAGACAUUGACUCUUCAUUAUUUUCGGGGGAAAAAAACAGAGCUGUCUUGGGAGUUUUCUCUAAUGCACAGGCAGUCUUCGUCUUGCGGGAUGGCAUCAGCUUUGUGAAAAGUAUGCUGUUUGUGAGGAUUAGAAUGCUGCGUAGGGACAAAUAUCUAACCUGAGAGAGCAAUAAAUGAUAGUCAAUUACAGUUCAUAGUAUAUGGAGAUAUCUUCUAACAAAACGGAAUGAUUGCAGAGGUGGGGAGGUGAAAUCCCUUAGUUGGAAAGGCCAUUUGGGAAAAUGCACUGUUAAACACUUUUAAAAAUAUUUUUUUGAAAAAAGAAUGAAAAGGCAUAGGUCUCACUCUUUAUUGUCCAGGGAUGUGGAUCAGAUUUGCCAUAUCACUUACUAUGAACAGUCACUAAUGCUAGACAUGAUAGCAAAAGUGUGCAUUGUAGUCAGUAUCAGCUUGGAAAAUGUAGAAUUAAGCUCCUCUCAUAUGUAAAUGGUCCUCUGAACCACAGAAGGCUGCGGGUAGGCUGCAUACUGGGAUGUGGUUUUUUAGUGAUCUGUUCACUACUCUCAGUACCAAAUAUGCCACUCUAUAGAAUGACCUUUAAUUUAUGAUGUGAUUAAACAUUUGCUUUCCAGAGUUUUGAGAUACUUACAUUUCAAAAGAGAGGCUUACACUGAGCCCUUCAAUUCCAGAUGCCAGUGUGCCAGAACUAUAAAAAGCUAUGCAAACAGUGAGAUGUUUUGUCUUCUGUCAUUUUUGGCCCAAAUUUGUUAUACCCAAUCUUGGGAUGAGAGGAUUGUAUUCUACCACAGUAGUGGGGGGAGGGGGAAAUGUGCAUAUGUUUUUGCUCACAUACACAUACAUAUGCAUUAUGUUAAAUAAUUCUCAGAAAUCAAGACUUAUCUUUAUAUUAACUUAUACCAAUGUAUUUUUGGAUCACCUAAACCCUAUAAUUUCUCCUGAUAAAGUAUAGGCUUGACUUAGGUUGACCUCUUAAAUAUAUAUUUGUAUGCAAAUACUGAGGGCAAUAUCCCCCCAUUUGCUGAAUUCCCACUUUGACAUAUGUUUAUGAUCAUCACUACUUUAAAAAAAAAAAAUCCCCAUGGCUGCAUGAGAGUACUUUUCAAGCUGUUUAAUUCUUUAAUGUCUGUAUAAAGACAUGUUGCCCUCUGACUAUACAAUGUUCCUAUUCUUGGCCAUAACAACUGGAGCAAGGAUAUGUACAGUAGAACUACUGAGGCCAAAAUGAACUUCCAGAUAGAAGUGUCUUAAUGUUUUCAUGCUGGAGGCUGAAAGAUAAUGUUCCUGACUGAUGGUAUGCACAGGCACAGUCCAGUUUGAGUGGCUUGUCUCAUGAAAAGACUGAAAUUAAGCUCAAUUAGCGCCUCACCUGUAAUGAAAUUUGUGGCAAUGUGAAGCAAAAAUAUGAGCAUUAAAGCCAACCUGAAUAAGCCAACCUAUGAGUAUUUUGCUGAGGAAGAUAAUAGUUGCUGCUGUACCACAUCAUAGACCAACCCCUUCAUAAUACUGCCUUUUAGUCUAUUCUUAUGGCUAGGUAAGAGUUACCCAGCUAGUUGUAUCUUCCAUUAUGAAUGGAAGUCUAAUGUGGACACAGAAGUUCUGUAUGCAUGUGCUUUUGGUAUAUUAUGCUAAUCAGGAAGGAAUGGCUUGCCUCAUUCUGCAAAGCUUAAACUUUUUAAUUAUAUUCAGUAUAAAAAAUAGCAAUAUAUAUAUAUUAACCUUGGUAUUCUGAAGGCAGUCUUAACUUUAUUUCUUACCUGUCCUUCAGUAAAAUUCUCAGGGUAGCUUUUCUUAACUAUUCAUCCAGCAGCGGUGGUUAACGUUUCUUCCCACAUUUUAUUACUCCCCGUCAGAUAUCAGUUAAGAGCCAGAGUGAGCAAAGUGGUAAUUUCUGCUAUUUAUAUUCUGCUAAUACCACUAAACUGUAGCUAAAUUGCUAGACAUCUCAAAGCAUACAUAUAACAGUAACUUCAACUCUCAUCAUUAACUUAUUUUUAAAACAUAAGCAGAGCUUAAUUUUUAAAAAUAUUUCCUCUUGAACUUAUACUAUAAGAACAUGCUCUUUGUUAUAUAUAUUAAACCACUAUAACCACUUUCCUGGGAAUAAGUCCCAUUAACUCAAUGUUGAUAGAUGUGAAUGCACUGAAGGACAUGCUUUUAGGCAUGCCUUGAUUCGUAACAAAAAUGUAUCUCUUGAUUUUUGUCUGCUGAUGAUUCUCCCUUUACCACUAAAUUAAAUGAGAUCUAAUUAAAACUUGUAAAGAACAAUGAAUGCUACUGGUUAAAUAAAACAACAGCAGGAACUGAAAUACUGAAAGUAAAUGGUAUAAAAAAUAGGAUCCAACAAGGUUGAGGACCCCUAAAAUCUAGCUCAAUUAA